AUGGCGACCCCGAAAACAUUUCUGCGUGCUAUGACACGCCUACGGCCUUCCUCGACGCCCUCUGCACCAUGUUAUCGUCACUUCGGGAGCAAGGCCACCGCCCCUCGAAUAAUACCCGAGUCUCUCACCACUUGGCCGAAGCCCCGCGUCUGCGCCCGAGCUAUCCGACCUGUACAUUCGAGGCCUGUGCGAUCUUUCUCCUCGACUCCGUCCACACGGCACGGCCACGUUGAUCCGCCCAAGCCAGGCGAAGAGCUCUGGGUGACCUUCAUCGACAAGGAUAACAUGGAGCACAAGAUUGCGGUGUCAAAGGGUGAUAACUUGCUCGAUAUAGCCCAGGCCCACGACCUCGAGAUGGAAGGCGCCUGUGGCGGGUCUUGCGCUUGCUCAACCUGCCAUGUGAUCGUACAAAACGAGGACCUCUACGACAAGAUGCCCGAGCCUGACGACGACGAGAAUGACAUGCUUGAUCUGGCAUUUGGCUUGACCGAGACCAGCCGGCUGGGUUGCCAGGUCGUCAUGGCACCAGAGCUGGAUGGCUUGGUGGUGAAGCUGCCGUCCAUGACCAGGAAUCUGCAGGCCAGCGAUUUCAAGUAG